AUGGAUAUCACACCAAAGCAGCUACACUAUUUCAAACGAGAGCUGAUUACUGAGCAGUUGAUUCACGAGAUCAACACACUGAUCAAGAGUCCUGAUAUUGCGUCUAUCAUUGAUAAGGAGGACAGCGAGGCAUCGCCGUUUCUUCGCUACAUCUUUCAGAACAUGAUUAUUGAGUUUCCAUUGCUCAAACACACCUGCGGCGAGGAUUUCUGGCCCAAGUGCAAGGUGUUCCUGAACGAAUUCAACAAGGUGAAUCUGGAUUCCUACUAUACGCCUCGCAGCAGCGACUCCACCAAGCAACGAAAGAUGAUCCAGCACAAGAUCCAGAAAUCGCUGGUGUUUGCAUUCUGCGCCAGUAUCAAGACAUUGCAGGGCCAAGAAGAGAGCAUUCGUGUCAACCCGCAGGAGACAUCCGCAACUACCACAGCGCCAUUAUCGCCCGUAUCAGCAGCUGCUGCAGCUGCUGCCGCAGAGCAGAACGACAUGUUUCGAGUGAAUAUCGUUACAGUACGUCAAAUCAAGGAGAAGAAGACAUUGCGAGAAGUUUCACAUGCCGAAUUCUUGAUCGAAACCUGGUUUCCACAUCAAACGGAACCUAUUUACGUGGGUCGCCGCCAUGGAGAAUUUAGGCGUCUUCGAGAUCAGCUCAAGCAUCACUUCAAGAACAUGGAUAUACCUCCUGCUCCAUCCAAAUCAACAAACACAGCACAUCAGCAAGGCUUUCGUGAGAAUGAUAGACUCCUAUUGCGUGCCUUUCUGUACCAUUUGACGGGCGAUCCUUGUAGCACCUCCAUGCCUUCCAAGCACCAACAGCAGAUCCAGAAGAGUCACAUACUCCGCAAGUUCUUAACAGACUCACCCAUCCUAUUCACUGUGGAGGAAGAGAAGGAUACACUAUUGAGAGAGGCAGCUGACAAGCGCCGUCUCGAUGAGCAGCAACAGUUUCAAAAGGAAUUGGACAAACGAGUGCUAGAACUGAAUGAAACGUUGGAAGAUCUAAAGAAGGAUAUACUGCAGCCGGGCGGUUUAACUGGUGUAUUUGACAUAAUCAAAAAGACGCCGCAAAUGAAAGAUCUGCCAGAGUCUCUCAAGAAAGCAUUUGAAUGGGGCCGCAUUAACUUUGCAUUUGCUUUGCAUCGGCAGUUCUUAACAUCAGAUACAGCUACUGAGAAUCUGAACAACCUGCGCCGAACGCAUGGUCUCAUGCCCUAUCGCACAAUGUCUGUUAUUCUUCGAUUUUCCAAUCCCAUGUCCAUGGUGAAGAGCAUCAUGGAUCUGUUCUUGGCUCAGCCGUUUGGCGGAAGAAGUUUGUUUCAGAGGAUUAUCAUCUCCAAUAUGAACGAAGAGUCAAAAGUUUUUGAAAAGGAUAUCAAAAUUUUGGAAGAAAAGAUUCAAGACAAGGUGCUAUGUCAGAAAGUGUAUAAUGCUGUUAGAACACCGUUGCCCGAAAACUCCAACUUUAGAGAUUACGAUACGCGAACCAUGGAGAUAUUGGCGUUGCUUGGCAACGAUGAAAUCAAGCCAUUACUGUCUGCAGAGCAAAUUACAAUGCUUGCUACAUUUGACCAAACACACGAGACCAAAAAGCUAGUCAAGCAUAUUGCUCAAUUGUGGGAACUGUACGCACGUCAGUAUGAGCAAGAACUUAUGAUGAAUUUGGUAUUCCAAGGUGUCACUGGUGAACUAUUAAAAGAAUUUAUAUCCGUCUUUUAUCAACCCUUGGCACAAGUAUACAAGGCUGCUGAUAUCAGUACUACCAUACGUCACGUUGCCUCUUUCUUGGAUGAUUUACUGCAAGUCAUUGACGAGUUGCCAGCAGAUCUGGGUGUUACUGAUACUAUCCAGCUAUUUAUUGAUCUUGUGCAACGCCAUGAACAACAUUUCUACGAAUUUGUCCAUAAUGUGCAUAGUCAAGAGGCAUCGAAAGUAUUUGACGAAUUGGUUCAAUACCUGGAUAAACUAUUUACGUUUGUGGCGCAAGGCAUUCCUGGCAAAAUCGACAUUUGGCACAGCGUGGAAAAGGCGGUUAGCAAGGAGGAACUGCCGACCUUAGAACAAGAAAUUGACGCUAUCUGUCAAUAUCGAUAUCAGCAAAAGAUGUAUCAUUUUGAAAGACAACGCAGAAAGUUGAUGAUUCAUCACCAUGGCAGCGGCAUCCAUACUGGCACCAUCGAAGGAUUGGCUAAAAUCGCAGCUGAUGCAGACCAAGAACGUCAAAAUGACAUAUUCCAGUAUAUUUCCCAGCGAAAAGAACUCGUGGGCGUCAUGGGUGAUUUUGAAGAAUUCCAAUACGAGGACGAUGCUCUCCACUGUUCAAGCAUCAGCAGUAGUAGCGAUGACGAUGAUAUAGACGAUGGCCAAUCGAGUGGUUCUUCGCUAGCAUCAAGAAGAAGUAGCAAGAGCAGCUCAAGUCAAAUAUCCCAUGUUGGCAUUGAAAAGCCAGUGUUGAAACUGAUACCCAGAAUUGUACCUUACUUUGUACAAGACGUAGUAGAAAUGAUGAGGAAGAGCAACCAAAAUAUUAACUGUAUCUAA